AGAAAGACCUCCAUUUCUGGAGCCAGAGUUUUUUUUGGGGACCCCCACCAUCUGACAACAGGGAUUCUGUUUACUUGUGGGAAAAUGAAGAAAAUCCAACCAAAAACGCCGGAAAAUGUAACGCACCCGGCCCGCACCUAGCUGCAGACCCACCAUGAUACCCUGGAUGCGCCAGAAGUUUAAUGAGAAGCGGUCAAAAUGGCUGGCACGGAGUAAACGAGGCGGCAGUGGGUCUCCGGCCGAGCGCAGUCCGAGGAGCAGCACCCAGAGUCACAGCCACCGGACCACAGAUGCCAGCGACACGGAGAGUAUUAGUGGAUCCUCGCUGAAUGUCCACACCGCCGAGUCCGAGACGCAGACCGAUCUUGCCAGCAACCACCAUUCGAGACCUUUGGUGGGCGGCGGGGGCUGUGUGCUGCGAACUCCAUCGCCUGCCCGCCGGCGUAGAAUACAGCUGGAGCUGCAGUUGAAGCGCCAGGAGGAACAGCAGCAGCAGGCGCUCCAGGACCCCGACUCACCCACACCCACUCAGCAUCAGCAGGCCCAUGCUUUGUUCCUCAGGAAAUCUGGUCAUUCCCACCGCAACACCUCAACGCCUGGCGAAGGCGACGAUACCAGCAAGCCAGGUGAAUCCAUCAUGGUGCGGGUGAUCUGCCCCAGUUCCCGAGUGUUGAUCUUCAAGACGGAUGUCAACAAGCGACUGAACGAGCUAAAGAGCGAGGUUAUCCUGGAACUGAGCGACGAUCCAGACUCUAUACAGCUCUUUGCGCCCGAUGUAAGACACCUGAAUCCACGGUAUCGUCUAUACCGGGCGGAAUACUUUGGCGGCGAGCUGAACGAAUCGGACACGCUGGCCGCACUGAGGGUGCGCAACAAUGAGACUUUCAUCCUGUCCCCGAGACGCAACACACUACCACAAACGGUUUCGCGCAUUCGCGAGGUUCCUGGGCCCAAUGAGCAGCUGGUGGAGAGCGCCACUCGUUAUGUUCCCGUCAGUACUAACCCACUACCCACCAUUGACAUCAACGAGAUCUUUCAGCAGUCGAAUAUUCAAUAUGAUGUUCGCAAGGUGCUUAUUUCUUUGGCUCAGGCCUCGGCGGCGGUUAUAGGAGCCGGUCCGUUUGCUCCUCGCCUGAUAGCGAUGCUGAAGCAGCGGCUGAUCAAUCGGCGCAACCAGCAGGCAGACACGCUGCAGUGCCUUGUGGACAUGGGCUUCAAACGCGAGCUGGCCGCAUUUGCCCUAAAGGCCAACAAUGGCAUCUACUCCACCACCAUGGAAUGGCUGAUACAGAACCAGAACGAAGAACACCUGCAGGAUCUGCCGGCUAUGAGCACGCAACACAGUCUAUCUUCCAUUUCGCCAUCUACGAUCAUCACAAACAAUGAAGUCAUUGAGAACACGGCCGCCUUGAUGGAAAUUGUGCGCAUCUAUAGCCAUCGCGACUCACCGCCCAGCGAUGAGAUUGUGGAGUCGCUGACUGAAAUGGGAUUCGAGGAGGCGGCGGUGCUGGCGGCGCUUAAGAAAACGGGCAACAACAAGGCCUCCGCCUGCGAGUGGUUGUGCGACAAUCGCUCGGGUAGCGUGAUCGAGCUUCGCGAAGGUUUGGCGCCAGACUCGCCAAUCCUAAAGGCCAUCCUGGAAAUGCCACAGGUUCAGAUGACCCUCAGCAACCCGAAGACUUUUUUGGCAUUUCUGGGCAUAUUGGAGAACGAGCAUGCGAUACGCGUAUGGCGCGGCGAUAACGACACCACCUCGGUCAUCACACAUAUCCUGCAAAAGUACCAUGAGGAGAAGCAUGUGCUGGGCAUCAAUCAGUUCUACACGAACCGCUGGUGAACGGCGCUGCUAAGUGGCUUUAUUAUGAGAUUAACCAAAUUAUAUUUAUACAUAUAUAUAUGCGCGAUAACACGGCCCGAUGUGUAUCGCUGUGUAGCUUGGUCCAUUUUGGGGCCCGCCCAUUUCACAUUACAUACCCGUAUGUGUGUGUUGUGUCUGUGUGUGCGAGUGCGAGUGCGAGUCCUUGUGCCCGGAUGUAAAGAGUAUUUUUGUAGCCAAAAAAAGAAAUAUGAUUGUAAACUGCACAAAGCCAAAGAUGCAAUCGCUUCGCCAUGAGCACGCGACUGCACCUUACAAACGCUUACCGAUCAGUACGAAUUGCAUUAUAUAUACACAUAAAUAUAUAUAUAAUUAUAUACAUAAAUAGGAGCUAUAGUUCUAGUCAGAUCCCCAAUCCAAUCCUAUACUAGGCUAAAUAAUUAAUCUAUUCAAUUAGCUAUAUUCUCUACUCGAAUCGAAUCUCGCACUACGAUUAGAUAAUUUCUCAUUCUGCAUCCCACAGAUACAAGAUACAAAUAAAAAUUCAUUCAGAUUAUUAGCGAGCGUGAGAACCUGUGAGGUGAUCUACAUAAGUGCGUUGUAACUCAGGUUGUUGAGGAAGAAGAGAGAGCCUGAAGAGCCGUCAAUACUGAAAUUAAAGUAUUAUUUUGUAAACCGAAUAUUCUAUUUGCAUAGUUUUUAAACAAGGGAAAUAAAACAAUUAGUUUUUGAUA